AUGAACCAUGCGAGCCAUCCAUCCAAUCCCUUCAUACAGUUCAACAACCCGGCACACUCGAUUCAGCAGCUGCCGCAUUAUCAACAACAACAGCACUCCCUGCCGCAACCCUUGACGCGGCCCUCAAACUACGCCUCGGCGAACGGUUUCAUUCCUCCGACCACCAAUGCAGCCGCUCUGCAGAGCGCCCACGCCAGUGCGGGCGCCCUAGCUGGCCCGAAUGCUGGAGCUGGAGUAGGCGGAGGUACAGGACUGGGCAGUGAGGCUGCAUAUCGGGGCUUUGCACAUGGCGCUGCCCUCCAACAGCAGCAGGCACAUCAGGCUGAGGCCGCUCAACUGGGCAUCAAGUCAGGUCUGGCAGGAAGGAUACGCGAAGUCUGGGCACACAACCUCGAGCACGAGAUGGUACUACUGCGACAGCUCAUCACCAAGUAUCCCUACGUGAGCAUGGACGCCGAGUUUCCUGGCAUCGUCGCGCGACCCAUCGGUAAUUUCGAGAACAAGGCCUCGUAUCACUACCAAACGCUCCGUUGCAACGUCGAUCUCCUCAAACCAAUCCAAUUGGGCAUUACCAUCUGGACUGCAGACGGCGAACUUCCUCCUCAGCAACCCGACCCAUCCCUCUUUCCCAAGCAGCCUAACAACCUGGUCGUGUGUCCCUGCACCUGGUCUUUCAACUUCCGCUUCUCUCUCGACCAUGACAUGUACGCAGAAGGCUCCAUCGAGCUCCUCAAAAAGGCCGGCCUCGACUUUGCCAAACAUCAAGAACAAGGCAUCGAUCUCAAUGCCUUCGGUGCCGCUCUGACUACGUCGGGCUUGACCUUUGUUGACGACGUCAAUUGGCUAUCCUUCCACUCGGGCUACGACUUCGGCUAUCUGAUCAAGUUACUGACCAACGCCCCACUGCCUGAGAACGAAUCAGAGUUCCGCGAUCUCGUCAACAUCUACUUCCCCAAGCUAUGGGACAUCAAAUUCCUGUUACGACAUGCUCAGCGUACCCUUGCGCCGCAAAACCGUCUCAGUCCUACCGCCUCUACUGUAAUCAACACCCUGGGUCAGAAGUCCGGCUUGCAAGACUUGGCAGAAGAGCUUGGAUGCGUGCGUCAGGGUGCUCCUCACACUGGUGGCUCUGAUGCUUGGUUGACCGGCUCCGUCUUCUGGGCUAUGCGCAAUAAAAUCUUCGACGGUCACGCGCCGCUCGAAUUGGCAGAUCAAAUCUACGGUCUGCAUGGCGUUGGUCCCCCAGCAAGUGCUGCUUUUAGGGAUGAGUUCCUCCAAAGUCAGGGCCACCAGACCCCACAAACGAAUGGCUCUCUCAACUUCCAUACAGGCCACACACCCACUACCCACCAAGCACCGAGUACUCCGACUACCUCUCAUGCUGCCAUAUCCGGUACGCCAGGGCCUACCCAUUUUUCUCAGCAUGGCUCGCUAACUCCAGCAGGCGGUGUCUUCGGCAAUUUUCAGUACGCCAAAUAG